AAUAUUGGAAGUUUGGAAAAUAAUUUUAUUUCAAUGAAAUCAUCAACUCUAACUUUGGAUAAGAAAGCUAACAAUUUUUAAAAAUAUCAUCGAAUCAAGGAACAAGUGAACCAUAUUGAAGCAGGAAAAUUAUACCACAAAUCGUUUUAUUCAUCGAUUCCCCCAAUACUAUAUUGAAUGCUCGUCAGUGCUGAAUGAGUGGGACAUAAAUACCAAAUGCGAAGAUGGAAUAUCGCGAUCAAUUCUUAAACAACAAGUUCGGCAAUGAUUUGAAACGAUAUUUCAUACAGUAUUGCAAGUUAUCUAGUAUACAAGGACCUUCCAACAUUGUUAAAGCGAGAAACUCAAUCGAAAGACUUUGGUGGAGUACUAUAUUUGUCUUCGGAAUAAUCGGUUCUUUCUAUAUGGUUCAUAAAAUUAUAUACAGGUGGAUAGAAGCGCCCAUUCUUGUAUCCCUAGCUACCAAGGAGAUGAAUAUAGACAAAAUCCCAUUUCCGGCAAUCACAAUAUGUCCAGAAGCUAAAGUUACAACUGAAUGUCUUCCAUACGCUGACAUACUGAAAGCGAGGAAAAAUGGAAGAGCAGGGGACUAUGAUAUGGAACAACAUACGAUUUUUGACUACAUGGCUUCUGUUUGUCGCCCAGAAAAUCAUGACAGUACUUUGACCGUCCUGGGAUUUUAUGAAAAUGAGAUGGAAUUACAGAGGCUCAUCGGAGGUGAAAAUAUUUCCUUGUCGAUUGACGACCUCGACUAUGAGCCAGAGUUAGAUAAACACGUAUUUUUUUUCGAAUAUUGCAAAGUUGUCAAACUCGAAAAUUCUUAUUGUUCCUGGAUGGGUCAGACUAAAAACUGUAGCGAUAUUUUGUCACCAAUAUUGACAGACCAAGGAUUGUGCUACAGCUUCAACAUGUAUGACGUAAGGAAUAUCUACAGCGACCUAAAUACGAUGGAAUACUAUGAAGACAACAGCAAUGAAGGUCAAGAUUGGAAUCCUGAUGAAGGAUUUUCAGAAUAUCCAAAUCAUGAACAAAUAUAUCCUAGGAGAACAUCCCUAAUAGGAGCAAAUAAUGCAUUAGUGGUAGUAAUGCUGACCGAGAAUAAAGACAUCAAUUAUGCUUGCCAGGAUUUUGCGAUUCAAGGACUAAGGGUUUCAAUGCAUACUGCAGCGAGCAUACCUAGGCUAGAACAAGUAUUCUUUUCAGUUGGUCUCGAUCGACUGACAACAGUUGCAGUCACUCCCUCUGUGUCUGAAACUUCGGAAAGAGUCAAGCUUUACAGUCCGGAGAAACGCUACUGCUACUUCGGAUAUGAGAGAAAACUGAAAUAUUUCAAUUACUCUCAGUCGAAUUGCAAUUUUGAGUGCUGGACAAAUUACACCAUCAGUAAAUGUGGAUGUGUCGCGUUUUAUAUGCCAAGGGACAACUCAACUAAGGAUUGCUCCUUAAGGCGACGCUUUUGUAUAGAACGAGCUAGAUUGAGCUAUAAUGCGGAUAUUCUGAAAGAGAGAUUGGAAACUGGAUAUGGAAAGAAGGACAAUGCCACUACCAAAUGUAAUUGCCUUCCUCUAUGUUCUGAUAUUUCAUACAAUGCAGAAUUAUCUUCAGGCGAAUGGAAUUUUAACCAUAUUGAUGACGUAGAUCUGGAUGAAAUUAGAGAAGAAAUGUCAAAGUACAGAGCAUCUGCCAUAAAGGUUUUCUUCAAAGAGAGCUACUUCUUACCAACUGAAAGGGGGGAACUUCAUGGAAUUUUUGAUAUGAUUUCAAACAUUUGUGGAGUGUUGAGUCUUUUUACCGGGUUCGCCUUGGUAUCGGUUGCAGAAAUAGCUUAUUUCGUUUUCAUCAAGUCGUUAGAUAACUAUAGAAGAUAUAAUAACUGGGCUGGUCCUAAACCUUGACAAUAUUGUAUUGCAAGACCUCUUGUAUAUUUUACUUCAU